CCUCUGCCGCGCUAUGAACCGCUUCAAGGUGUCUAAAUUCCGGCACACCGAGGCCCGGCCGCCUCGGAGGGAGGCCUGGAUCAAUGACAUUCGAGCAGGAACAGCUUCGUCCUAUGGGAACCACAUCAAGUCAAGCUGUAGCUCCAUUGUGUUUAACACGGAUCAGCCAGGUACUCUGGGCAUUGUGCCCCUGGAAAGUCAGGACAGGAACAAGAAGAAUGUGGCCUACCUGGGCUGCCAUUCAGAUCUGGUGACUGAUUUUGAUUUCUCUCCAUUUGAUGACCAUCUCCUUGUCACGGGCUCAGCAGACAGAAUGGUAAAGCUGUGGCGACUCCCUGCUACUGCCACAGACCAGGACCUGCCCUCUGCCCCUGGGGUGGUACUAGGCCCUGAGGACUUCCAGGUGGAGCUCCUGAAGUUCCACCCCACAUCAGACACUGUGCUGGUGAGCACCUCCGACAAGGCAGUAAAAGUCUGGGAUUUGGCCCUGCAGCACACCCUGACUGAACUGGGCAGCCACAGCGACCAGGUUCAGAGUGUGGCCUGGAGCUCUGACGGUGUUCUCCUGGGCACAUCAUGCAAGGACAAGCAUCUCCGUGUCUUUGAUCCCAGAACAAAACCCACCGCUUCUCAGAGCACUCAGGGCCAUGAGAACCACAAGGACAGCCAACUAGUCUGGACCAACUCCCGGGAACAUCUGCUCUCCACCGGAUUGAACCAGAUGCGGGAGCAUGAAGUAAAGCUGUGGGACACGCGAUGCUUCUCCAGCGCCCUCACCUCCUUCACCCUCCACACCUCCCCCGGUUCUCUGAUCCCCCUGCUGGAUGCUGACUCUGGGCUCCUGAUCCUAGGCGGAAAGGGUGAGAAUCUGGUAUACUGCUAUGAAGUGUCCCUGCAACAGGCUGCACUUACCCAAGUGAACCAGUGUGUCCUAGAGACCAAGUGCCGGGGAAUGGCCCUGGUACCUCGUCGAGCUCUGACUGUGAUGGCCUGUGAAGUGCUUAGGGUGCUGCAGCUCAGUGAGAGUGCCAUCGUGCCCAUCAGCUAUGUUGUACCCCGAAAGUCUGUGGAAUUCCACGAAGACUUGUUUUCCGAUGCUGUGGGCAGUGUGCCUGCCACCAGCGCCCAAGGUUGGUGGGCUGGAGACAACCAGCAGGUCCAGAGGGUUAGUCUGAAUCCUGCCCGCCAGCCUCAUGCCAGCUUCACUUCCUGCCUGAUACCCACAGAAAUCUCUUCUCCUGCUGCCACCCAGCUUCAGGAGGUGCCAAUGGGUGACAUGGAGCCAAGUGAGGGCAGCUUCUCCUCCCCACCCAGCUCUCUGACCUCCCCCUCCACCCCCUCCAGCUUGGGCCGCUCACUCUCGAGCACCAGUGGCAUCGGAACCAGCCCGUCCCAGAGGUCACUCCAGAGUCUUCUGGGCCCUAGCUCCAAGUUCCGCCACGCUCAGGGUACUGUACUCCAUCGCGAUACCCACAUCACCAACCUCAAAGGGCUCAACCUCACCACUCCUGGGGAAAGUGAUGGAUUCUGUGCCAAUCGCCUCCAUGUGGCUUUACCCCUGCUGAGCACAGGCGGGCAGGUGGCUGUUCUGGAGCUGCGGAAACCUGGCCGUCUGCCUGAUACUGCACUGCCCACGCUACAGAACGGGGUGCCUGUCACUGACCUCACCUGGGAUCCAUUUGACCUGUACCGCCUAGCUGUGGCUGGGGAAGAUGCCCGGAUACGGCUGUGGCGGGUACCACCUGAAGGACUGCAAGAAGUGAUGACAACACCUGAGGCCAUCCUAACAGGACAUACAGAGAAGAUCUACUCCCUGCGCUUCCACCCAUUGGCAUCUGAUGUGUUGGCCUCAUCUUCCUAUGACUUGAGUGUGCGGAUCUGGGACCUGCAGGAAGGAGUGGAGAAGAUAAGGCUGCAGGGUCACAAGGACCAGAUCUUUAGCAUGGCCUGGAGUCCUGAUGGACAGCUCCUGGCAACUGUGUGCAAAGAUGGGAAGGUUCGGAUCUAUGAUCCCCGGAGUAGCCCAGAACCUACCCAGGAAGGUCCUGGCCCUGAGGGAGGUCGAGGAGCCCGUGUGGUCUGGGUGUGUGAUGGCCGGUGUCUGCUGGUUUCUGGCUUUGACAGCCGGAGUGAGCGCCAGCUUCUCCUCUACGGGGCAGGAGCACUGGCUGGGGGUCCAUUGGCUGUGCUGGGUCUUGAUGUAGCACCUUCCACCCUGCUGCCUAGCUAUGAUCCAGACACUGGUCUCGUCCUUCUCACUGGCAAGGGUGACACUCGAGUAUUUGUGUAUGAGCUCCUCCCCGAGGCCCCCUUCUUCUUGGAGUGCAACAGUUUCACCUCAUCUGACCCACACAAGGGCUUCGCCUUCUUGCCCAAGACAGAAUGUGAGGUACAGCAGGUUGAGUUUGCUCGAGGCCUCCGGCUCCGUCAGUCUUCCCUAGAACCCAUUGCCUUUCGACUUCCCAGGGUCAGGAAAGAGUUCUUCCAGGAUGAUGUGUACCCAGAGACUGCUGUGUGUUGGGAGCCUGCACUCAGUGCUGCUGCCUGGCUGGGGGGUGCCAACGGACAACACCGCCGCCUCAACCUGCAACCCCCUGGAAUGACCCCAGUGAGUCAGGCCCCCCGAGAAGCUCCAACACGACGGACCUUGCCCUCAGCUGUCUACCUUGAAGAGAAGUCAGACCAGCAGAAGAAAGAAGAGCUGCUAAGUGCCAUGGUGGCAAAGCUGGGUAACCGGGAAGACCCCCUCCCCCAGGAUUCCUUUGAGGGAGUGGAUGAGGAUGAAUGGGAUUAGUCGGCUCCAUUAGCCACACCCACAGCUGCAUCUCCUUGGAACUGCCUGGCCACUGAUCCCUUGCCUGCUCUGAGCCUCAUUCUUGAGCUGGAAGAUGCCUCUCCAGGCCUUGGUGCUGCUCUGACUUGUUGAGUGGCUCCAUAGCUAACGUGACCCCAUCUCUUCAUCCCAGGAACCUCUGCAUAUCCCUGGGACCUUAGUGUUUUCAACUAGUGGCUCCUCCCUAUCUGGAGGAGCCUACCUGUCUGGAGUAUCCUAGCUCCAGUUUUCUCUGAGGCCUCCAAGCCCUUUGGAGUAUGCUGCAGUUGGAACACUCCAAGUGGGGCCUUAAUUGGCUCCAUCCUUUAUCUCUCCCUGGAACCAGUUUUUCUUCUCUGCUAUGUAUUGUGGUCAGAAGCUGAGGAAGAGACAUUGGUCAACACUGACCUAGGCCUACUACCUGACUAUCUCUCCUACAUGUGGUACCAUCUGCUUUGUAUCUUGAGAGCCUUGCCUGCCCCCUCCAAAAACAACAGGUCCUCCUCCAGCUACUCUACUGUUCUUCCUACCUUAUGGAUUCAUCUCCCACUUUAUUCUUCCCUGUUGUCUUCCUCAUAUUACAGUCUGGAUCCUCAAAGGGGCUGGAUCCCCCUGCAGUCACUAAUCCUACUGGCCCUCCUAUUUGCUUUCUCCCUUCAAACCAGAGAUGGUGAGAAUAGGGAGAAAACUAGGGCCCAGAAAAUUAAAAAGAGUGUGAACUCCACCAGUGAAGGGUUUUAUGAAUUUAUCAAUGCCUCAGCCAUUAAAUUUUUCUAAACCAGA